UGAAGCAGGGCCCGUUUUGAUAAAAAAGAGUUUCUUGAGCAAAGGGAAAAGAGCAAGCUUCCUGCUUUUAUUUCUAUAGCAUCAAAUUGUCAGUUCUGCACUGCUGCCUUUUCUUCUUCUUCGAGCGAUCUAAACCCCUAAAUCAGAAUGAAUUUUACGGCUUCAAAGCAACCUGAAAAUUGCUUGCUUGGCCCUGAAUCUGACUCCCAAAGGACACUGUAUCCAUAUGUGACAGGAACAUCAGUCGUGGCUUUAAAGUAUAAAGAUGGGAUUUUGAUGGCUGCUGAUAUGGGAGGUUCGUAUGGGUCCACCCUGCGGUACAAGAGUGUGGAGCGAAUGAAGCCUAUUGGCAAGCAUUCCCUUCUGGGUGCUAGUGGGGAAAUCAGUGAUUUCCAAGAGAUUUUGAAGUAUCUUGACGAGCUUAUCUUAUAUGACAAUAUGUGGGAUGACGGCAACUCUUUGGGGCCUAAAGAGGUGCACAAUUACUUGACUCGAGUUAUGUACAACAGGCGCAACAAGUUCAAUCCAUUAUGGAACUCCCUUGUACUUGGUGGAGUUAAAAAAGGAGAGAAGUAUCUUGGAACGGUCAGUAUGAUUGGUGUAAACUUUGAGGACAAUCAUGUUGCAACUGGUUUCGGAAACCACCUUGCACGACCAAUUCUUCGACAAGAGUGGCAUGAGAACUUGAGCUUUGAGGAUGGUGUUAAAUUACUGGAGAAAUGCAUGCGUGUUCUCCUCUAUCGUGAUAGAUCAGCUAUUAACAAGCUUCAGAUAGCUAAGAUCACUGAAGAAGGCAUGACGAUUUCCCCGCCAUAUUCGUUAAAGACCUACUGGGAGUUCGCUGCUUUUGAGAAUCCUACUCAGGGUGCUGUAGGAUCAUGGUAGAUGUCGCCAUCAUUUUAUGCUUUGUGGAAACAUUUUAUGGUACGAGAAGAACAUCGAUGACCCCACUAGGAGUUGAAAUGAAAAUCUGAUGCAUCUUUAUGUUUGAUUUGGAAACUGAGUUAUGAACUUAUGAUGCAUCUUCAUGGUUGUUUAAAACGAUUAAGUUGAAGGUUGAUUGUUUUCAUGAUUAAUGUUAAAGUAGAUGCUUUUUCCUUUCCA